CUUGAACCAGUGUGAAACGGAACGCUGCGCAGAACAAACGUGCGCGCGCGCUUGCAAAUCAGUAAUUAAAUUGAUCGAUUUAAUUGAAAAAAAAAACACAAAAAUUCUUUGUAACUGAACUUCUCAAAUAUUGUGAACAAUGGCUAAUGAUCUUGUGAAAUUGAAAAUUGUGAAUGAGAAUGCGAAAAGUGUGGAUCAAAGUUUGAACGACGAGGUCGAGAUGAUUUUCGGCAGAGGACCGGCGCGGGCACCGGCGCUUAAUGACAAAACUCCUGUCCUUACCAAUGGCCACCUGAUCGACAAAGAACGAGAACACACAGAAUUUAAUGGCAACAACAACAACGGCAGCGAUACUGACCUAGAUCACCCCAGGCAGCCCCUCUUAGAGAGAAGAGGAGGGCAGCUUCCUCCUUUAGCUGGUCCUGAGACUGACGAGCUAGAUGGAGACCCACCGAAGGAUGCCGCUCCGUUCCCUGGUGCCGAUGUCAGUUUGUUGAAUACCAGGGAUAAGAAGCCGGGCGACCAUGAUCAUGAUGACACUGAACGCCACUCGGAGCUGGACCCCAGCGACAAACACUCGAUGUACGGCGACGACGCUGCCACUGACGGUAAAUGGUCUUCGGGGCAUGACGAGACUGACCAUCCUUACGACGUCAACGAUCUUGCAGCAAGAUUUGGCGAGUCUCGACCCGUGUCACCAUUUUCUGCCAUUGCUCUCCCCGAUGUAAAUGUGAACACAUACCAGCAGAAGAAGAACUUAGCGCAGGGUAUGAUGGACCUGGCGCUGCUAUCAGCUAACGCCAACCAGCUGCGCUACGUGCUGGAGUCUGCCUCCACACAUCCGUACUACUACCCCAGCCUCACAUUCAUCUCUCUCAGCAUCAUCUUCCAAAUCAUGGUCGGCGUGGGACUCAUCAUGAACAGUCGGUACGACGUGAACGACCAGAAGGAACGCUGCAAGGCGGACAAAAUAAAUAACAUGACGGUAAUCGGCAUCUUCCUCAUCACUAUUGUCAAUGUGUUCAUCACUUCGUUCAGCGUCGCCACUCAGACUCUUCCAGUUACUACGACCGUGCAGCAAGCUGGAUAAUUUUCACAGUUACAACGCGGUAGUAGCUCAUUUUAAGGGAAUGUAAGAAGACGAUUCUUAAUACGACUGAUUACAUAUAGAAAAUAUUAAGCUAUUACUUAAUUAACUAAUAAUACUUAGUUAAUAUAAAAACAAAGCCAUUACUUAUAAUAUAAUAAUAACAUGAAAUACAUUUUUUUAUAUUUUAUCCGAACCUGCAUUUACCCUAAUACUUAUGCAAGUUAAAUACUUACAACUCGAAUUGGUACCACCAAGCAACGCCUACCGGAAUCAUGUUAGGACCUAUUUGAAAUCAUACGGCCUAAUUACAAAACAAGGUUUUUCUUUAGUCUAGGAGUCUAGGUGAAGGUGAGACCCUUCACCAAGGUGACCUUCAAUUCAAAAUACAAAACCUGACUCAAAGGUUACGGUAAACCCUUGUUUUGAAAUAAGGGGGAUAGUGUUUAGGCUAUUUUCUCUUUGUAUUUAUUCCGUGGUUGUGACACAAGAAGUUACAGGUGCUGUUCAGACCACAAAAAUUACUAUUGUUAAACAAUUUUUUUAAUUGAAAAAAAAAACCACAAAGUUUUUGUACAUGUUGACUAUCGUUGUAUUGUGUUUUCUAUUGAUAAUUAAUUAUUAAUAUUUUUCUAGGUAGGUCCUGUUUCAUAGUAUGGCCUGCUAGUAGACCCUGUUUUAUUGGUUCCAGUACUCAACUAUUUAAUAUAAGAACUUUAUAUUUGUUUCUUCAAUACCCGAAAUAAUAUAUUUUUAGGUAUCUAGGUACUUACAAAGUUACUGCAUUUAUAGAUAUUAUAUUCCACGACUUCUCAUUUUGCUCAAUUCUCCGGCUACAUUAAACUCAUUUGCAAAUAGAUAACUAGAUAGUUAAGACAAUAACAUGUUAAUAAUAAUGAUGUAUAUGUCACCGGAAAAUAACAAGAUCCGUAAGUUUAUCAAUUUACUAGGAAGUUUAUAAACUUUCGUAAGAUUCUAAACGGGAGAUAAAUUGUAAUAUUUUACGUCCACGUUUUCGUAAAAUUAUCAAUUUCCGACGUCAUACGGUAAAUUUAUAAACUAACGAAUAUCUUUUCGUAAGAUUUUAUAUGGUUCGACCAAUCACAGAAACUCUUUUAAUUACACGAUCUUUGAAAUACGUAAAAUAACACGCUGCUCUCUGAUUGGUCAGUGUUCAUAGUGGCAAUGCUUGUGUCCAUAGACUUUGAAAUAAUCAGACUGGACAAACUAUAAAUUGGAAGCAACAAUACCUGGUUCCUCUUUGCCACGGAUGUAGUGAGUUGAGUUUUCUAUUAUCUGUUAACUGUUUCAAUAAGCUAUUUAACAGUUACUUGCUAAAAUACAGUUCCGUGGCCAGCAAUGGCGGCCGCGAGGAAGAAGUGACACGUGACAGCCAACCAACCAAUCAGAUCGCGCGUAGCGUUUGCUUACUGCUUACUUAUUAUUUUACGAGUGAGUUCAGUAAGUUUAUCAAUUUACGAAAAUGUGGACGUAAAAUAUUACACUUUAUCUCCCGUUUAGAAUCUUACGAAAGUUUAUAGACUUCCUAGUAAAUUGAUAAACUUACGGAUCUUGUUAUUUUCCGGUGACAUAUACAUCCGCAAGGCAGCUUGUAGCGAGCUGUUGGGCAGUGGCGACCCCACGGACCUGACUCCCGGGAGGUGUCUUGUUUUUCACCUCCGGUUAGUCCUCGUGACGAGCUGGAGUGAACACUGAUGAAGAACAAGCCCUCCCACCUCAUUCUUGCCUUAAUUGGCUGGCCUGAGUGGAGAUUCGCAACAGUAGGAGUUGAAGGAGACUCGGGGGAAGGAUGUAUCUCAGUAAGGUGCUCGUCCCUACGAGCUUGCUUGCUUAUGAUUUUUUUCUCUUGAGAAAUUACCUUUACCUUUUGAAUUUACCUUUAAUAGAUAAAUUGUAUGAAUUAUUAUUUUUUCUCUAUUGAAGUCGAUAUUGUACCAGGGACCGUACGCUACGAUCAGCAUUGUAAUGUUAGCUAUUCGAUUCUACGUUUUUAUGAUACUGCACGACGAAAUAACUUUAAAUCAGAUCUGCUAAUAUAUUUAAUAAAAGUUUAAUCGAUUUUUUUGUGUCAUAUUCGCACCUUAGUGUAUGAAAAAUCUUAUGAAUAAGACUGAUUUAUAAUUUUCAUAUUUUGUACUUAGUUGUAAAACAAUUGUCAUGAAAUUCAGCUAAU